AUGAGUAGUGUUGUUAAUAAAGGUGGGACUCGUUUUGCUCCCAAAAUGAGACAACGGAGAACUGCAGCCUCAGGCUCACCUGCUGUAGGUAGUAUUGCAACCCCUGUGAUUUCAAUACAACCUACGAAGGAAGUUGAUGAUAUUGGAAACGGUGAGGUAAAUGAUAGUGCAACUUUAGUUGCUACUCAAGUAACAACUCAAGAUUUAGAUGGUGAUGAGGGUCCAUUAGCAAAAGGAACUCAAGAGGAAGAUGUAGAUCCUAAACAAGUUAUAAAUACUGAAGAAAAACGAUUAUCCAUUUCUGGCCCAACAGACAGACACCAAAGGCGGUUUAGUAGGUUACCAUCGUUAAGUGGUACUCUGGGGAGUCCCUUACUAAAACCUUCCCUAGCUGGUUCAAAUAAUACCAAUAGAAGGUUAUCUACGAUAUCCAAAAAUCCUAAAAAAAAGAAAAUUUUGAGUAUGAAUAAAUUAUUAUCUGAGAAUGAGGAUGAUGCUACAUUAAACGCAAUCAAAAAACGUAGGUUAUCCAGAACUGUUCCGCCAGCAACAAGAAGAUCAAAAUCCAGUCGUAAAAGUAGUGUAAUCUCUAAAAUUUUUGUUCCGCAGGAGGCUCAUUCAGAAGAAGAUGAAGAAGGUGAUAAUUUAAAAGAUAGAAGAGAUUCUAUGACUGAUACAGUGCCUAAUGAUGGGGAAUAUUUUGAAACAUAUAUCGUUAGAAAUAUAGAUGAAGUUCCUGCUGAUGUGACAAUCACCGAUUCUGCUCGUUAUUUGGUUGAUGAUGAGCAUUUCACAAUGGAUCAACUUUGUAAGAGAACUUUACCAAUAGGUCAGAUUUCCGAAAAUUUUGAUAAAGCUAGGAAUGCAGAGAAACAAAAAAUUUUAAAGAGGAAAGAACGUCAUAAUUUAAGAAAAAGAGCAAGAGAAGAGUUUAAAUCUUUACAAUCCCUGAAUAAAGAAGAAGAAGACCUUGAAAAGGAAGAAUGGAAGAAGAAUAGAGAAAAAUUAUUAAAUGCCGAAAUACCAGAAUUUGGAGCUCCUAAAGGCCAGCAAAUGCAAUUAAAGAUUGGUGCAGAUGGCAAAAUGAUAUUGGAUGAAGAAUCUACUGUUGUUGAUAGACACAGAAAUGCAAAUCUGGAGAAUGCUCAAAAGGAGAAACUGGACGAAAAUCCAUUUGAAAAUCUAUACAACAAUGCUUCCUACGGUAAGAGUACAUACACAGAUCCUUGGACUUUAGAUGAAAUCAUUAAACUUUAUAAAGCGCUAGCGAUGUGGGGAACAGAUUUCAACUUAAUUUCUCAAAUGUUCCCAUAUAGAACAAGAAAACAAGUGAAAGCCAAAUUUGUCAAUGAAGAAAGAAAACAUCCAAUAAUAAUCGAACUUGCUCUGCGAGCUAAAUUGCCAGCAAAUUUUGACGUGUAUUGUACAGAUAUACGUAAAGAACUUGGAACUGUGGAUGAUUUUAAUGAAAAGAUGGCACAAAUACAGAGUGAUCAUGAAAAGAAUAUCCAAGAAAUUGAAAAGGCAAAAGAAAGUGCAAAGAUAGAAGAUAUGAAUAUCCAAAAAGAUGGCGAUUUGGAUAAGAAAUCCUCCGGUGGUUUCAGAAAGAAGUAUUUAAAUACUUACAGAAAAUCGGAAGUUGUCUUGGGUACUAUUGAUGACGUUAAGAAGUUAAGAAAGAUUAAGGAUGAUGCAGUCAAGGAAGAAGGAGAAGAAGAUAAGAGUGAUAAUGACGAGGAAGAGAAAGAAGAUGGAGAGGAAGAUAGAGAGGAAGAAGAAGAAAAAGAAGGAGAUCUAAGUAAAGAGAGCAUCGAUGAAAAGAAGUAG